CGUGCCGUAAAGGUAGAAAGCGCUGGCUUAGAAAUAGUUACUAAGUGCGACCGUUAUAAAGAGAAGAGUCUUCGUUAUUUUAUUAACAUAGCGUCUAGGCAGUACGCUAGUUAUAUUGCCGUAAAGGCGGAGUGUAGCCUUUUUAUUUCUAAUAAAGAUUAG